AUGAGAGACGAGGGAGACAAAGAUCUGAGAGACGAGGGAAACGAAGAAUUGAGAGACGAGGGAGACAAAGACCUGAGAGACGAGGGAAACAAAGAUCUGAGAGACGAGAGAGACAAAGAUCAGAGAGACGAGAGAGACAAAGAUCUGAGAGACGAGGGAGACAAAGAUAUGAGAGACGAGGGAGACAAAGAUCUGAGAGACGAGAGAGACAAAGAUAUGAGAGACGAGGGAAACAAAAAUCUAAGAGACGAGGGAAACGAAGAUUUGAGAGACAAGGUAAACGAAGAUCAGAGAAACGAUGGAGACAAAGACCAAGUACAAGACACGAGGGAAACAAAUAUCAGAGAGACGAGGGAAACAAAGAUAUAA